AUGGGCGUCGCGGACUGGGGCAUCGGGCACGUCGUCUCCGGCGUGACCGCGACCGGGGAGAAGUUCGCGGGCGAGGUCUUCACGUUCGACGAGGGCACCGGCCUCGCGGUGCUCCGCGCGAAGGGUGACAUCGUCAACACGCACGACGUCCGGAUCUUGCGCGCGGAGGGCGUCAGCGAUCUGAAGUCGACGCCGCCGUCGGACCCGCCGAAGAUGGAGAAGCUCCCGGUCGUGGACGAGGCGCGGUGUCAGAAGAGAGAGGAGGCCGCGGUCAAGGCCGCGACGAUCAGCGCGGCGAACAUCGGCGUCGACGUCACCGCGGAGGCGCAGGACAUCUUCGACGCGCUCGCGAGGACGCUGCCGUGCCGGUGGGAGGGGCGGUCGAUCGUCGUGUUGGACGAGGUGAAGAUAUCUCCGCCGUACGCCGAGUGCGUCGGCGUCGCCACCGGCGACCCGCGCGCGGUGGAGAGGGUGCAGAAGGUGCUCGCGAUGGAGAAGUCCAAGCUCGUGAAGGCGAAGAAGUGAGCGGCGGGCGGGUGAUCACGUGAUCAAAUCAUCCGUCGCGAAGACAGACGUCGUUCCGUUCGCUUCUUCGCUCCUGCUAUAAGCUAUACUUAUAGUGUUUAAAGCUAAACCCUAAAUCCCACGCAGCGCGCGCGCUGCGCCGCGCGUUC